CUCUCAAACUCAAAAAUGGCUUCUGCUGCUGAAGGAACUUACGAAGGUGCUAUCGGUAUCGACUUGGGUACCACCUACUCCUGUGUCGCUGUGUGGCAGCACGAGUCCGUCGAGAUCAUCGCCAACGACCAGGGUAACCGUACCACCCCUUCGUACGUUGCCUUCACCGAGUCUGAGCGUCUCAUUGGUGAUGCCGCCAAGAACCAGGCUGCCAUGAACCCGGCCAACACCGUUUUCGACGCCAAGCGUUUGAUCGGUCGCCGUUUCGAUGAUGCCGAUGUCAAGAAGGACAUGAAGGUCUGGCCCUUCACCGUCGUUGACGCCAACGGUCAGCCCAAGAUCGAGGUUUCCUACCUCGGUGACAAGAAGCAGUUCACUCCCCAGGAGAUCUCCGCCAUGGUCUUGACCAAGAUGAAGGAGAUCGCUGAGGCUAAGCUCGGCCAGAAGGUUGAGAAGGCCGUCGUUACUGUCCCCGCCUACUUCUCCGACUCCCAGCGUCUCGCCACCAAGGACGCCGGUGCCAUCGCUGGAUUGAACGUUCUCCGUAUCAUCAACGAGCCCACCGCCGCUGCCAUUGCCUACGGUUUGGACUCCAAGACCGACGUUGAGAAGAACGUCCUCAUCUUCGACUUGGGAGGAGGAACUUUCGAUGUCUCCCUCUUGACCAUCCAGGGUGGUGUCUUCACUGUCAAGGCCACCGCUGGUGACACUCACUUGGGUGGUGAGGACUUCGACAACACCCUCCUCGACCACUUCAAGGCUGAGUUCCAGCGCAAGCACAAGCUCGACAUCUCCGACGAUGCCCGUGCCCUCCGUCGUUUGAGGACCGCUUGUGAGCGUGCUAAGCGUACCCUCUCCUCCGUCACCCAGACCACCGUUGAGAUCGACUCCCUCUACCAGGGUGUUGACUUCUCCGCCAACAUCACCCGUGCUCGUUUCGAGGACCUCUGUGCUGUUACCUUCAAGUCCACCGUCGACCCUCUUGAGAAGGUCCUCAAGGACUCCAAGAUCGAGAAGUCCAAGGUUGACGACAUUGUCUUGGUCGGUGGUUCCACCCGUAUCCCCAAGAUCCAGAAGCUCGUCUCCGACUUCUUCGACGGCCGUGCCUUGAACAAGUCCAUCAACCCCGAUGAGGCUGUCGCUUACGGUGCCGCCGUCCAGGCCGCUGUCUUGACGAACAAGGCCGACUCCGAGAAGACCUCCGACCUUCUCCUCCUCGAUGUCGUUCCCCUCUCCCUUGGUGUCGCCAUGGAGGGUAACGUCUUCGGUGUCGUUGUUCCCCGUAACACCACCAUCCCCUGUAUCAAGAAGCGUACCUUCACCACCGUUGAGGAUGGUCAGACCACCGUCACUUUCCCCGUCUACCAGGGUGAGCGUGUCAACUGCUCUGAGAACGAGUCCCUCGGAGAGUUCCAGCUUGCUGGUAUCCCCCCCAUGCCCCGUGGUCAGCCCGAGCUUGAGGCCAUGUUCGAGUUGGACGCCAACGGUAUCUUGAAGGUCACUGCCACCGAGAAGACCACCGGCCGUACCGCCAACAUUGAGAUCACCAACUCCGUCGGUCGUCUCUCUUCUUCUCAGAUCCAGGAGAUGAUUGAGAACGCCGAGAAGUUCAAGCAGGCUGACAAGGAGUUCGCUGGACGUCUCGAGGCCAAGUCUGCUCUUGAGUCCUACAUUGCUUCCGUCGAGGGUUCCGUCAACGACUUGAACACCGGCAUGAAGCUUAAGCGUGGACAGAAGGAGUCUAUCGAGAACGCUCUCGCUGAGGCUAUGGAGGCUCUUGAGGUUGAGGAGAUUACUACUGAGAAGAUCAAGUCUGCUGAGUUGAGGCUCAAGCGUGUCGUUACCAAGGCUUUCUCUAACCUCCGUUAA